AUGGCUGCCCGUCAGCCGUUGGCUGAGGGGCUAGGCGUCUUUUCUUCAGCACGGAGAUUCUUCUCUCAGUUGUUCUCCCAACCUUCAUCCUCACCCAUACAAAUCCAGCCAGUGACUUCCUAUAAGGGCGAGGCUGCUGUAAUUUUUUCCAGGGAAGAGGCGGACAGAUUGGCAUCUCCUUUUCGCUGGGCGUUGGUGGGAAAGUUUUCGCACGGUAGGCCAUCCUUGGAAGACAUUCGGAAGUUCUUAGCAACACUGAAUCUGAGGGACCAUGUCUCAGUUGGUUUGCUGGAUUAUCGCCAUGUACUUAUCAAAUGCUCGACAGAGGUGGAUUUCAAUAGACUAUGGACACGAGGGAUUUGGCAAUUGGGUAGGUUUCCAAUGAGAGUGUUUCGUUGGACAAGGGACUUCCAUGUUCAGAAAGAAUCCUCUCUCGCUCCAGUUUGGGUAACAUUACCAGCCUUACCAGUACACUUUUUCGAUAAACAUUCUCUGUUCUCCAUCCUUUCUCUAGUAGGGAAGCCGUUAUUUUUGGAUACGGCAACGGCAGCGGGCACACGGCCUAGUGUGGCCAAGGUAUGUGUGGAAGUGGAUUUGGUAAAACCCAUCUGCUCCAGAGUUUGGGUUGCAGUGGAGGGUGAGACAGGUUUCUGGCAGCAGAUUGUCAUAGAAGAUCUGCCAUCGUAUUGUUCAAAAUGUUGGCGGGUGGGUCAUGCUGUUGGUGACUGUAAGAGGGAGGGAUUUGCGAGUCGUCAAGUCCCCAAGCGCAUUGCGGUGGCAUCGCAGGUGCCCCAGGCAGCUGCAGAUAGUAAGCAAAUAGAGGAGGUCUCGGUUAAGGAGACCCAGGGAACUUCAAAGCUACGGGAGGAGGACCCAUUACCUGUGCUAAUGCUAACACUGGCGGGGGAGAGCUUCACGAAGGGGCUGCACCUGAGUGAGGGGGUGGACGCUGCGGCUCCGUAG